UGAGAUCCAAUAAUAUUAUAAAUAGCACAAAGCUAAUCUCUUAGUAGCCAGAGAAGCAGUGCAAUUAGUGUGUUAUUAAGAGAUGGGGUUAAAAUGUGUGAGGAUGUGGCUGAUGUUGAUUUUGAUGUUUAUUUCUUUACAAGGAUGGAGGAUUGAGGGGUGUUUGAAGCAAGAGAGAUCUGCUCUCUUUCAACUUAAACAUUUCCUGAAUGAUCCUAGCAAUCUUCAAAGUUGGUUUGAGGGAAAUGGAGAUAUAGACUGUUGUGUGUGGGACCGCGUUUUUUGCAAUAGCAUAACGGGUAGAGUGGUGUCUCUUUCUCUUGAAUCUAUAAGAAAUCAAGAAUUAGGAGAGUGGCAUCUAAAUGUUUCUUUGUUUUCUCCCUUCCAAGAACUGGAGACACUUGACUUAAGUGACAAUCUCAUAGUCGGUUGCAUUGAGAAUGAAGGUUUUGAAAGAUUAUCACACUUGACUAAUCUCGUGGGUCUCCACCUCAGUGCCAAUAUGUUUAAUGACAGCCGCGUUUUAUCAGCUUUGAGCCAACAUUCAUCUCUCAAGAAGUUAAGUCUAGAUUAUAAUCAGUUUAGAGAACUAAACCAUUUUAAUGUUUCAAGGUUGAGUAACUUGGAGUCUCUGAUCUUAAGCGGUAACAUGUUCAACAAUAGCAUAUUAUCAUAUGUGUCUACUCUCUCAUCAUUAAAGGUAUUAUAUUUGAUUUACAUUGGAUUGAAAGGCACUAUUGAUCUUCAAGAAUUGGAUUCCUUGAGCAACUUAGAGGAGUUGUACAUGGGCGAAAAUGAGAUUAAAAAAAUUGUAUUCUCCAAAGGUGAAACAAGUUUGAGGAAGUUGACUUGGCUUGGACUAAGCAAUAUGAAUAUUAGUGAUGGAAGUAGUCUCUUACAGACAUUGGGCUUAUUCCCAUCCCUAAAGUCUCUUGAAUUCGAUUAUAACAAUUUUAGUGGAGCAGUUACUACUAAUGAGUUGCCUUCGUUCAAGAAUCUGACAGAUUUAAAUAUUUACAACACUGUUUUUCACAACAACUUUCUUCAAAUGAUUGAGGGUAUGACUUCUCUUCAAUAUAUUGAUAUUGAAAGUAGUAACCUCAGCAUCAGCGACACUCUAUUUGACCAAGAGUUGCCUUCAUUCAAGAAUCUGACAACUUUAACUAUUUUCGACACUAUUUUUCACAACAACUUUCUUCAAAUGAUUGGGGGUAUGACUUCUCUUCAAUCUAUUGAAAUUUCGGGUAGUGACCUCAGCUUCAACGACACUCUAUUUGACAAAGGAAUUUGUAAGAUGCUUCAUCUUCAGCACUUAAACAUGAGGGACAAUGGUUUAACGGGCACCUUGCCUUGUUGUCUUGCAAACUUGACUUCCCUUCAAUAUCUAGAUAUCUCAUACAAUGAUUUCACGGGUCCCUUGCCUUGGUGUCUAGCAAACUUGACUUCCCUUCUAUAUCUUGAUAUCUCAUCAAAUAAUUUUAAGGGACAGUUUCCAGUUUGGUUGUUAAACAACAAUACCAAGCUAGAAAGACUUUAUCUAUUUAAUAAUUCUCUUUCAGGGCCUUUGCAAUUACCAAUUCAUCCUCACACGUCUUUGGAAGAAUUAGAUAUAUCCAUCAAUUCCUUCAAUGGGCAUAUUCCAACAAAAAUUGGAGCUUAUCUACCAAUGCUACAAAUUUUAAACAUUUCUAGAAAUUAUUUAAAAGGUAGCAUUCCCUCUUCGUUUGGUGACAUGAAGUCGUUGGAGCAUUUGGAUUUGUCUAGCAAUUUGUUGACUGGAGGAAUACCUGAGCAUUUGGCCAUGGGUUGCAUCUCAUUACAACUCCUUGCAUUGUCAAACAAUAGGUUGCAAGGUAAGAUAUUCCCUACAAAAUUUAACCUAAAAAGCUUGUUAUAUUUACAAUUGGAUGGCAAUCAUUUCACUGGAAAGAUCCCAGAUAGUUUGUCUAAUUGCUCCUUGGAAGGGUUGUAUAUAAGUGAUAACCAUUUUGUUGGCACAUUACCAAGGUGGUUAGGAAAUAAGUCAUUUUUGAUGGAAAUUAUCAUGUCAAAGAAUCAUCUUAAAGGUCCAAUCCCAUUGGAGUUUUGUCAACUAGAAAGUCUUGAAGUAUUAGACCUUUCAGAGAACAAUAUUAAUGGGAGUUUACCGUCUUGCUUUCCGCCUUCCUCAAUUAAACAAGUUCAUUUGUCAAAAAAUAAGUUACAGGGACAACUAAGUGAUGGAUUAUCUAAAAGUUCUUCUCUAACGACGCUAGAUAUUGGAUAUAAUCACUUUGAAGGCAACAUUCCUGAUUUGAUUGGUACGUUUUUUGAUUUAACUUACCUUAUCUUGAGUAAUAACGAUUUUCAAGGUGAAGUGCCAAUUAGUUUGUGUAAGUUAAGUCAAUUACGUUUGAUAGAUCUUUCUCACAACAAGCUUUCUGGACAUAUCCCUCCUUGUUUAAAUAUCACAAUAGUCACUGUUGCAUCUGAUCAUGUACUGUCUCUUGAAAGGCUUGUAAAUAUGUCUCUUAGAAAGGGAGAAACUAUAGAGUUUACAACGAAGACUAGAUCUUACUCUUACCAAGGAAGAAUUCUUAGCUACAUGUCUGGAAUUGAUCUCUCCAACAAUAAGUUAGUUGGUGCGAUUCCUUAUAAAAUUGGAAAUCUUGUCGGAAUCCAUACACUUAACCUGUCUCACAACAACUUGACAGGACUAAUCCCAUCGACAUUUUCAAAUCUCAAGCAGAUCGAGAGUUUAGAUNAGGUCAUCUGCUGUUAA